GCAGCGCAGCAGCGGCAGCAGCGGGGCUUCUCCUCUCACCUGCGGGGCAGGAGCCCCCCGGCGCUCCCCUCCAACAUGAUCCUUUGGCUGUGGCUCUGCUGGGGCUUCCCCACCUCGGCGGGGCAGCCCGACUCGGAGCUGAUGGCCAGAUACCUGGAGGAGCAGCUGCUGGCAGACUCCAGCAUCGUGGAGCAGGUCGCUCGCCGUGUCCCCAGACAGGCCAAAUUCCUGCAGAGGCUGGAAACCAGGCCUCGGAUGUCUGAGUUCAACGUGAGAUCCACGAUCAUUUCCCGCUAUGCCUUCACCACGGUGUCCUGCACGAUGGUGAACAGCGGAUCCGAGGCACGGGAAGCCGUCUUUGAGAUGCAGAUCCCAGCUGCAGCCUUCAUCUCCAACUUUACCAUGAGCAUCGGCAACAAGACUUACUAUGGAGAGGUCACAGGGAAAGAAAAGAAAAACAGCAGCGAUGACAAAACAAGGGAUAAGAAACCUUCCAGCCCCACAGAUGGAAGGGAGAAUGGCUACGAGACAUUCAAAGCUUCUGUCUUCAUUCCUCGCAAGAUGCAGGCCAGGUUUGUACUGCACUAUGAAGAACUUUUGCAAAGAAGACUGGGAAAAUACGAGUACACGGUGAGCAUCCGGCCCCAGCAGCUGGUGGGGAGGUUGCGAGUAGAGGUGAACAUCCUGGAGAACUCAGGAAUAGUUUCACUGGAAGUGCCUCCCCUCCGAAACAGCAAGCAGAAAGGCAAUGGGAAAGCUGAAGGUGAUGUGUCUCCUCCUCCUUCUACUGUAGUUGGACAAACCAAAACUUUAGCUAAAGUUACUUUCAAUCCCAGUGUUGUUGAGCAAACCAGGAUAGCCCGAAAUGGAAUUUUGGGAGACUUCAUAAUUAGAUAUGAUGUCAACAGGGAGCUGAGUGUUGGGGAUGUUCAGAUUCUUAAUGGGUAUUUCGUGCACUACUUCGCCCCCACAGAUCUCCCUCCUCUGCCCAAGAACGUUGUGUUUGUGCUCGACAGCAGCGCUUCCAUGGUGGGAACAAAGCUGAAGCAGACCAAAGAAGCUCUCUUCACAAUCCUCCAGGACCUCAGGCCUGAAGACCACUUCAACAUCAUUGGCUUUUCCAACCGGAUAAAGGUGUGGCAGCAGGACCGGCUGGUGCCGGUUACUCCAAACAACAUCAGAGAUGCCAAAAAGUACAUUCAUAACAUGUCACCUACUGGAGGGACUAAUAUUAACGGAGCUCUCCAGACUGGUGCAAAGCUGCUCAAUGACUACAUUGCUCAGAACGACAUCGAUGCCAGGAGUGUCUCUCUGAUCAUCUUCCUCACUGAUGGGAGGCCAACUGUUGGGGAAACACAGUCAUCCAAAAUCCUCAGCAACACCAAGGACGCCGUCCGUGAUAAAUUCUGCCUCUUCACCAUCGGCAUUGGCAACGACGUGGACCACAAGCUGCUGGAGAGGAUGGCACUGGAGAACUGCGGCAUGACGAGGCUUUUCCAGGAGGAUGAGGAUGCAGCCAGUCACCUCAAAGGGUUCUAUGAUGAAAUAGGAACACCCCUCCUCUCUGACAUCCGUGUUGAUUACCCUGAGGAUGAUGUGGAGCAGGUCACCCAAAACUUCUUUCCCAACUACUUCAAUGGCUCUGAGAUUAUAAUCGCCGGCAAACUCAUCAACCGCACCUCAGACAAGCUCCACGUGGAGGUGACUGCCAGCAACUCCAAGAAGUACAUCCUCCUCAAAACAGACGUGGCUAUUGACCUGCCAAGCAGGAAUGACAUCAGAGGUGUCCCCGGCCUGGAAGAUGGCAAAGGUGACAAAAAUUACAUCGAGAGGGCGUGGAGUUACCUCACCAUCAAGGAAUUGCUUAACUCCCGGUUGAAGAGUGAUGACAGCCAGGAAAAAGACCAUUUGAUGGAGAAAGCCAAGUCCAUGGCCCUGGCUUACAAUUUUGUUACUCCCUUCACCGUGCUGAAGAUGAGAGAGGCUGGGCUCCAUUCAGAACCACCUCAGGAGGAGUUUAUCAGGCCUUCUACUGAUGGAAUCAGGGAGAAGCUGCAGAGCUUGCAGGGACACAGAGCACCGCCAGGUAUACGCAGAGAGCAAGAUAAACAAGUACAAGAUAAACAAAGAAUUAAAAUUUCCAAAACUUCAGCGGAUGGAGACCCUCACUUUGUCAUUGACUUUCCCUCCAGCAAGUUCUCUGUCUGCUUCAAUAUCGAUGGAGAACCAGGGGACAUUCUCCGGCUGGUCUCUGAUCACAAGGAAUCUGGUGUCACCGUGAAUGGGCAACUGAUUGGAGCUCCUGCACCACCCAACGGCCACAAGAAGCAUCGGACUUACUUCAGCACCAUCACCAUCCUCAGCAACAAGCCAGAGAGGUCCUACCUGGAGAUCACACCCAGAAGGAUCAUCCUGGAUGACGGGGAAAGGCUCGUCCUGUCCUGUGGUCGGAGUGCCAUUGUGAGAAGCAGGAGCCUCGAGGUGUCCAUCUCUGCCAACUCCAACGUCACCGUGACGAUACGAGACACCAUCAGCUUCGUCAUCCUCAUCCACCGCUACAAGAAGCCGGCCCCGUAUCAGAGGAACCACCUGGGGUUCUACAUCUCCAACAGCAAAGGCCUCUCUUCUGACUCCCACGGGCUACUGGGUCAGUUCUUGAACCACGAAGUUAAACUUCUUCAGGAAUCUCUAAACACAAGUCAUCAGCAGGUUGGUCAGAAUCACACUGAAGCGUUAAAGCCAAACCCUACAAAUACCCUGAAGGUGAAGGGACGGCUCAUUCCUGUGGUGUGGAAGCAGAGGAGGAUCUACAAUGGCCAGCAGGAGGUUGAAUGCUGGUUUGCCAAAAACAAUGCAGACAAACUGAUUGAUGGGAGCUAUAAGGACUAUUUGGCUUCUCACCCUUUCGACACAGGGACCAGCUUUGGGACAAUUAACAGCCUUUAAGACCAGUCCUAACAAUGCAUUGCAGCAGGAUGUGUGACAGCAGGUCCCUUCUGAAGCCUCUACUAAUGAAUAUUUCUUUACUUUUUGGUGCCAAAGAAACUAAGGACUUUGCCCUUGGAAA